AUGUUACCCUUUAUAGCUUUUCACUUUCUCUCACUCUCUACCUCCCCCUCUCUCUCUCGCUGUCUUUUUUAUUACCAUCUCUUUCUCUUUCUUUAUACUUCUCUCUCUACUAAUGUCAAGCUCCUCCUACUCUUCCUCUACUUGUUCGAGAGUGUACAGGACAAACUCCCUCUUUAUUUUAAUCAAUCAUCGUCAUUUUGUUUUUCUCACUUAAGCGUUAUUCCCACAAUCAUACCCACUAUUUCUCCUUUUCCUUUAAUCCUCUCUCUCUAUCUAAUUCUAUCUCAUCUAUUCAUAUCUAUCUAUCUAUCAAUUUAUUAUCUAUCUAUUUAUCUCUUGAUUCUCAUCUCCUUUUUCUCCUUUUUUCUAUUUGCAUCCUUUACUUCCUUGAUUGCUCAUACCUUUCUUCUUUCUCUCUCUCUCUCUCUCUCUCUGAUUAAGCCGGAUUCUCCUUCCUUUUCUAUGCAAAUUUGUCCCUUCAAACAAUCUUUGUCUCCCUGCCACUUUUUUUUCGUUCAUCCAUCUAUCUUUUUUCUUUCUUUUCUUUUCUUUUUUUUCUUUAUAUUCACCGUUGUUCUUUUAGAUCUCCCUUUUUGUUUUGACAGUUCUAGAUUCAUUAGUUUGUUCAAUAUCUUCUCUCAUAAAAUAGUUUUCUACAUUCUCUUCUUUUAA